GGUUCAUUUUCGGCUCGAAAUUCGAUCAGCAAGUCAGCAACAAAAUCCUAGGGUUUCUCCACCAUCGUUUCUCAUCGCCUCAGCCCGGAGAAGAAGGAGUGCGCUUGGGUGCGAUCAUGGCGGGAGGGAAUUUCAUGCACAGAGUUAUGUCGUACGUCGUUAAUGAGCUCGUCGUUAACGGUCUCGCAAACAGCCCUGCUUUCCAGAGAUUCGCGGUGAGGACGUCAAAGAGGCUCGAGGAUAUCUCGAAUAAGGCUGCCCAAACGAGGGAGGAACUUGCUAAACAGCUGAAGGAAGCAUCAAAAAAUUUCGAGGAUUUCAAAAAUCAGCAAUGACUGUCGGAAGUAGCAACCAUGUCCUGCCCCUCUGAUGAUGACGAUUUGAUCUACUGAUGAGUGCCGGUAUUGUAAUAUUGGGAGGUGGGUGUGAUUUGGUGUUAGUGGGUUAAUUAUAGUUUUGAAGAUUAUGACUCUUUGGUUAAUGUUCUGUUGUGCGUAAAUGUUCAUAUGAAGUUGCCUCGGGUGCAUCCUUGUUUAUCUGGUAGUAGUAAAAAGCCUGUUAAAACUCUGGUUUAACAGGAUGAUCAUUGUUUGAAUAGUGUGGCCAAUGUUAGCUAUAGAGUUGGUCCGAAAAACACUCUGCAUACUGUGCAGAGCUGUUUUCCAAUUUCAUUUCAUGGAUUGGAUUGCAAUAAAUCGAAUAAAAAACACUGUGCAUCAUGUAAUUUUUUUA